AUGACCAUUCCACAGGGUGAAAACAGAGGGCCGCAGAGCAUCUCCGAACGUAGGAAGGUCACUUACACCGGCGACAAUCCCAGCGCUGGGCCACAACCUACGAAAGCUGUAUUGACUGAAUCUACUCUCGGUGAGGAUACAAGUAGUAUUUCCGCUGCCAACGCUGCAAAAAAUACAGAUAAUACGGAAGGAGAAUCUCCCGAUUCAACUUGUGAUUCGCUGCUGAUAGCUGACGAAAGCGUCGAAACACCCUUCCAGGAGCUUAGAAGUCAAUGCUUGUACAAUAACAAACACGUAGAGGUUAAUGUAACUGUAGUAUCGCCCACAGGUUCUAAACAAUCAACUCUGCCUCUUCUAAACUUGUUAAAAACUGAUGGGGCAAGCCUGUCAUUUGAUAAAUCAAGGAAGCUUUCCUUAACCCUUACAAAACCCUUUCCGAAGCAAUAUCCGGAGUUAAAACAUUUGGAGAAAACACGGAGAUUCUCCCAGCCUCAAAAAUCUUCAUACCAAAGAGUACCACAAGAAGACCCUUCCCCUUUGUCGCCAGUUUCAGAGAUCUUUACGCUACAACAUCUGGGACAGGACAACCAAGCCUUCAAAUACAGACCAAACCCCUCCGCACAUAGCUCGGACUUUGACGCGCCAGUACGUGUCGCCGCUGUUCAGAAAGACGUGAAAUUUGCUAUACAAUCAUCCUCGCUUGAGUCCUCAGCUUCUAAGAGACUGCCGCCUGGAAAAAACAAAGCAUUGACUAGCAAAACCCCAUCAUCUUUCAAAUCUGUGGACGAUCUUGCUCUGUUUGAUCACGGAGCAGGUUUGGACAAGCCGAAGUCUUUCUCCACAAGCCGUAGCGCGUCAUCAGAAGAUCUUGCCGCCUUCAGGAAAAAGGGCGCUGCCAGUUCUGACAAUAACGACGGUAACAAUCCACGUCGACAGGCGGCUGGCGGUUAUCCAUCAUCCACUUCUCCCUCUCAUUGCUGCCUUGUUUCUGUCUCCCGGGUACCAAUGGCUGCUGCUACUAGUCACCUGACUUUGGACUCUGAUUAUCAGACGGUUCGGCUGGCAGUUCUUGGCGCCCCAGGAGUGGGCAAGUCUUCCAUAGUUCGCCAGUUUGUAAUGCAGCAGUUCAUGGAAGAAUAUGUACCUACGGAGCAGCGACAAAUCUUCUGUCCAGCUGUCAUUAUUAAUGAGCAUCUUUACGAGGUUCGCAUCAUUGACUGCCCCUAUAUCCCCUAUUUUCCGGUCAACUCGCUUUAUGAGUGGACAGACUUCAGAGGCUAUGGUUUGAGAAAUGCCACAGCCUACGUGCUGGUGUAUGACAUCACAUCAGAGGAGAGCUUUGAGUAUAUCAAAACUUUGAGGCUUCAAAUACUGGAGUCCAGAAACAGACACGAUGUCCCAAUUUUUGUGGUUGGAAACAAGCAUGAUCUGGCUGAGGAGAGAGGUGUACCCAGGAGGGAAAUAUCUAACUUGGUGAAGAAACAGUGGAAAUGUGGUUACAUAGAAUGCUCAGCAAAGUACAACUGGCACAUCAUGCUACUGUUCAAAGAGUUGAUGAAGACAGUGGACUACAUUGACUAUGGGCACAAGCCCACGUCCAUGCGUGUGCAGGAUGCUUUGAGAAGGAACCGAUGUCUGAUAUUGUGA